AGACACUAGCAAGCAACCCUCGACCACAAGCGGCUCAGCUCUUAUACGGCACCGCUGUAGCAAUAAAACUCGUAAAAGCGCUGCGGAGACAUCGUCUCAUUGGCGUUAACCUCCACGCCAAGUCUUGCGCCCAGCCGCGCCGCCGCCAAAGUUUGCCUACCCGACGCAGCAGCAUCACUGAACCAUGAGCCAGAACUUAUGCGUACACAACCGCGACUUCGGCAUGACCGAAGCCUUGGUGAGAGGCUUCCGCACGGGCUUCCUCAAGGAUAGUGAUUAUCACCACCUGACGCAGUGCGAAACUCUUGAGGACGUCAAAAUGAAUUUGGCAGAGACGGACUACGACCAGUUUCUGGCCGACGCGCCCGUCGUGAAUCCGGCCGUGAUCCUAGAAAAGGCCACGGGCAAGAUGGUGGCCGAAUUCAAGUAUCUGCGAGCGCAAGCCGUGGAACCCUUGGCUACUUUCCUGGACUACAUUACCUACGAGUACAUGAUCGACAACGUCAUGUUGUUGCUGAAGGGUACGCUAUCUGGGAGAGACGUGGGCGAGCUCAUCGAGCAGUGCCACCCGCUCGGGCUGUUUAGGGAUAGUACGAUGCGAAGCAUACCAGCCUUCGAGAACUCGCCGAAGGGAUACGCUGAUCUUUAUCAGUUGGUAUUAGUAGACACCCCCGUAGGACCCUACUUCUCGCAGUUUCUCGCGGAGAGCGCUGAACGAAUCGGUUCAGCUUCGGAGGUGAGACAUGUACUGGAAGAGGUCGAAUUGGAAAUAGUGAAACAUUCAUUGAUGAAAUUGUAUCUGGAAGACUUCGCCGCGUUCUGCCAAUCGAUCGGUGGCGACACGGCGGAGGUCAUGGGUGAAAUACUCAACGCGAGGGCCGACCAGAGAGCUAUCAACGUCACUCUCAACUCCUUCGGGACGCCGUUAAACGAACCCCAGAUGCGUUCCAGAGAACGUAGAAGAUUAUACCCGUCCAUUGGUUUCCUCUACCCGGCAGGAACGCAUAAAUUAGCAGAAGCGUCCGACGAACAAGCCCUAGGCAAUGCCAUAAACUGGCACCCCAUGUACCGCGAGAUCUAUGCAGCCCACGUCAACGAAGGCGUGGAUGACCGGUCGAUUGAUGACGCCUUCUAUGAGCGGGAAGUGAGGAUGCUCGAAUUGGCCUUCGAGGGCCAAAUGCAUUUCGGGAUUUACUACGCGUACGUCAAGUUGAAGGAGCAGGAGGUGCGCAACUUGGUCUGGAUCAGCGAGUGCAUCGUGCAGCAGCAGAAGGACGAGAUCAACAAGUUCGUGCCCUGCUUCUCCAAAAGCGCGCCGUGGCGCUCCUAGCUUGUGACACUAAGUAUACAUACAUAUUA